CUGACGCAGAGUGCGGAGGACCGGCCCCGGUGACCGUGAACAUCAGACCAUGCUCGCCUCCAGCAGCUGGUGCUGUGUCACCCAGUCAGCGGCGGAGGACCCGACCAUCUGAAGCGGAGUAGGGGUAGUCGGCUAAGCUGCUUACAGCCCUGCCAGCAGGCCCACGGUGGAAGUGGUGCGAAGAAUGGACGGCUUCAUCACGUCAGCGAAACAUGGCAUGUAAGAGGAGGCACUGUUCGGUACCGCCGGCUCAGAAACUGGAUCAGACCCCCUGAAGGAAUGUUCACACUCACUGAAGUAGCCUCCCUGAAUGACAUCCAGCCAACUUACAGAAUACUGAAGCCAUGGUGGGAUGUCUUCAUGGAUUAUCUUGGUAUUGUCAUGUUGAUGUUGGCCAUAUUUUCUGGAACCAUGCAGUUAACUAAGGACCAAGUAGUUUGUCUUCCCAUUCUGGAGCAAACUCCAGAGGGGGCCGGGGGCUUCUUGGAACCUCAAGCACAAGAACCAACUGAUGGUUUAUGGAACAAAGAAAGCGCCAUUGGGGAGCAGGCGGCUCCUCUCAUGGCUAAGAGGCGUCCUGACAGCGUCACACCUACCAUUCGCUUCACACAGCCAGCUACCAUUGGACAGCCCCACCCUACAGGUGUCAGGACCAAGCUGGAUUUUCAGCAGUAUGUUUUUGUCAACCAGAUGUGCUACCAUGUCGCCCUUCCUUGGUACUCAAAAUAUUUCCCAUACCUCGCUCUAAUUCACACUAUUGUAUUAAUGGUCAGCAGCAACUUCUGGUUCAAAUACCCCAAAACAAGUUCAAAAGUAGAACAUUUUGUUUCCAUACUUGGAAAGUGUUUCGAAUCCCCGUGGACUACUAAAGCCCUGUCUGAGACCGCGUGCGAGGACUCGUCAGAGAACAAGCAGAGGCUGGCCGGGGCGUCCUCUCUCCUGAAACACCUGUCCACGAGCAGCGAGGAGGGCAGUCCCAACCAGUCCGCUCCAAUGCUGACUAAAUCAGGCGUUACCUUUUCUGCUGAAAAGCUUGUGAGCGAAAUUCCCUCCAUGACCAUACUGGACAAGAAAGAUGGUGAGCAAGCGAAAGCCCUGUUUGAGAAAGUCAGGAAAUUCCGUGCUCACGUGGAAGACAGUGAUCUGAUUUACAGACUCUAUGCCAUACAGACUGUAAUCAAAACUGUGAAAUUUAUUUUGAUCCUGUGCUACACGAUGACCUUUGUUGCUUAUAUAGAUUUUGACCAUGUGUGUGAGCCUGAAAUAAAGCAUUUGACUGGAUAUACCAAGUUCCACUGUACGCAUAACAUGGCAUUUAUGUUAAACAAGCUUCUUGUCAGUUAUAUUGCUCUUAUAUGCGUUUAUGGCAUUAUCUGCAUAUACACACUGUUCUGGCUUUUUCGGCGACCACUCAAGGAGUAUUCCUUCGAAAAAGUCAGAGAGGAGAGCAGCUUCAGUGACAUUCCUGACGUUAAGAAUGACUUUGCUUUCCUCCUCCACAUGGUGGAUCAAUACGACCAGCUGUAUUCAAAACGUUUUGGCGUUUUUCUCUCUGAGGUGAGUGAGAACAAACUUCGGGAAAUCAGCUUAAACCACGAGUGGACCUUUGACAAGUUGCGGCAGCAUGUAACGCGCAAUCCUCAAGAUAAGUUGGAACUUCAUCUUUUCAUGCUAUCUGGAGUUCCGGAUGCUGUGUUUGAUCUCACGGACUUGGAAAUCCUGAAACUGGAAUUAAUCCCAGAGGCCAAAAUAACAGCGAAGAUCUCUCAAAUGAUAAACCUCCAAGAGCUGCACUUCUACCACUGUCCGGCCAAAGUUGAGCAGACAGCUUUCAUUUUCCUUCGAGAUCACCUCCGGUGCCUUCACGUCAAAUUCACAGAUGUCGCAGAGAUUCCUAGCUGGGUAUACAUGUUGAAGAAUCUAAGGGAACUGUACUUGGUAGGUAACCUGAACUCCGAGAACAACAAACUGAUUGGGCUCGAGUCUCUGCGGGAUCUCAGGCACUUAAAGAUUCUGCACCUCAAAAGCAACCUCACAAAGAUCCCGACAAACAUAACCGAUUUGUCCCCACAUCUGUUAAAGCUGGUUAUUCAUAAUGAUGGUACGAAGCUCUUAGUGCUGAACAGUUUGAAGAAAAUGAUGAACCUCGCAGAGCUGGAACUGCAUAACUGUGAGCUGGAGCGAAUCCCUCACGCCAUCUUCAGUUUGAACAACCUUCAGGAACUUGAUCUCAAAUCCAACAACAUUCGCACCAUUGAGGAGGUCAUCAGUUUUCAGCACCUGAAAAGACUAACAUGUCUCAAACUGUGGCACAAUAAGAUCAUCACCAUUCCACUGUCCAUCAGCCAUGUUAAAAACCUUGAGUCACUAUAUCUCUCACACAACAAGCUGGAAUCUCUACCUUCCCCAUUAUUCACUCUUCUCAAGUUGAGGCACCUCGAUGUUAGCCAUAAUUCUGUAGUGGUAAUCCCACCAGAGGUGGGCUUUCUGCAGAAUCUCCUGUAUUUUGCCAUUGCAGGCAACAAAGUGGAGGCAGUCCCCAAGCAGCUGUUCAAGUGUAUCAAACUGAGGACUUUAUGCCUUGGCCACAACUGUAUCUCCUCUGUUCCAGAGAAAAUUGGCCAGCUGUCUCAGCUCACACAUCUGGAACUGAAGGGAAACUGUCUGGAUCGUCUCCCGGCUCAGCUCGGUCAGUGCUCCCUCCUCCGCAGGAGUUGCCUGAUUGUGGAGGAUCAUCUCUUUGAUUCGCUUCCAAUUGAAGUCAAAGAAAGCAUCAAUCAAGAAGCCAGUGUUUCUUUUGCUAAUGGAUGUAAAUGUUUAAGUGAUGGACGGUAGUUAGAUCCUAAAUGGCACCAAAUGUCAGGCAUUUCAUCUCAAGUCUUUGUUUUUGAAGUGCAUCAUUGCUAGAAACAGCUGUUCAGAGUAGAGUGCACUUCUGGGUCUACACAGGAAACAAAGCACAGCACAUACCAGGUUGGUACCACGUGAGAAACUUUAGCUCAGACUCAGAAAACAUCAUGAUUUUGUCUUUUUCAUUUUGUUUUCAGUUACUGUAAAUGCAUAGCAGCAGCUCAGACACCUUCUCACCCUUUGUAUGCACAGAUAUCUACAGAUAUAAUAUUGAUACAGUACCUUUAACUGCUGUGACUUCAUUUGGUUUUCUUCAACUGUUGCUGUCUUCACAGCUUAAAUGAGGAGUUUGUGUAAAGAGUGAGAUGAAAAGGACUGAUGGCUGCAUGCAUCUCCAGUCAGAUCGCUUAGCUUAGCUUAGCUUAGCAGUAGAGCAGAAACAUGGGGAAAUGGCUACACCGGCUGUGUCUGAAUGUGAAAUUAAAUUCUUCAUGCAUAUCUAAGGCUCACUAAGUAACGUACAGUAUUCAUAGCCUGGUGGUUUCUCCCUGCUUUAAGCUCAGCUAACUGUAGCUCUGUAUUUAACAUAAAAUUAUUGUCAAUCUUUUCAUGCAACCCACAGUCCCCCCAAAAGUUCUCAAAACGGCAGUACUAUCCCUUUAAAAGGUGACAUGUAUUUCUUAGUUUAUGCAUGUGCCUUAUUCAUUUGACAUUUAUUAUUUAAGAAAUGAAACAAAAGCAGUAUUUUCAUGUCCCUGCAUGAUUCACAGACCUCACUGUUGUACGGUUUUUAUCAAGCACUUUAUCGCUAAUUGAAUCUGUACCAGAAAUAUUAUCCAGAGAAAACAGAAAGCUGUUUUCAAAAUCCAUGAACAAUAUUCUGAUGGAGGGAACGUCACAAUAGACCCGAGUUCUCAAAACUGGGAAAUAAAAGACUGUUGUUUGCAGCAAAAACUACACAAACGCCAACAAAGAUGCUGUUAGCAGUUAUUGUUAACACAAACAGUCGGGCUGUACUUACCCAUCUUUCUCUGGUAGGUCUGUGAAACACAGAAUAAAGUACAAAUGUCUGCAUACACUUAUUAAACAUAUUCAUUAGGCUGUGAUGCAUUUUGAUGCUGCACACCAAAAUGUUCCCGUGAAUCCUUUUUGCUCUUUCUUCAUCCUUCAGUUCGGACGUUAUUGCUUUUUUAGAAGUAGACACCAUUUUGCUUUCAGCCACAUCACAAAGAUUCCUUUUAAAAAAAGUAUUUUGACUUCUGCUGUUAUGUCUGGUUAUGUUUUAUUGUGCUAAUCACAAUACUUAUCAUGUGUUUUGUGUGUAUUUUCAUUGUUUCUUUCUGCUAAACCUGUUUUUAAAUGUGUUAUAUGAACAAAGGAAUAUUAUACAGUUGUUAUUGCUAUUACUGAAUGCUAGAAGUUAUAAUAAAAUUGCACUGCAAUGCUUUUUAUGCACCAGAAUUGGGAAAUACUCCAUAUUUUGGGUUGUUGAAACCCUGGUCACAGAGAGUAAGGCUGCGGGCACACACAGGGAGACAGACUCACACCUGCAGCCAGGUUAGAACCACCAGGUAACCUAAAGCGUGCAUGUUUUUGGACUGUGGUGCAGGAACAGGGAGAACAUGC